AUGGCUUCUCCGAAUCCGGGUUCGUCGCACGAUUUAUCCAGUGAAUCGAUGGUGCUGUCACCGCAGAACUCGGUCGAUCAAAAGGGAGACGUCAAGUUUACAUUUCCCACAAAAAAGAGGAAUACUUUGAUACUAACGACUAAUGUACUGGGGACAGAAAAAGAUGAAAGCGAUGCAACUGUGGUUGAAGUUAAACGCCAGCGACUGACCCACUGGGAGAAUGGUGAAUUGACAAGGCCGGAUGAAGAAAGGAAAUCGGCCUUCAGUGAUCUGGUCAUACCAGCGACGCUGCAAAUGGAUUGGAGAACUCAGCGAUUACUGCAGCGGAAGGAUGCAAUCGAAGCUUAUGAAUCUGUGAGCAGUGUAGAUGCUGACUAUGAUGCGGUACCGAUAGACGCUUUUGGACUGGCUGUGUUGCGAGGGUGUGGCUGGCGUGAAGGUGAAGGAAUUGGGAAAACCAAUAAAAGAAUUGUACCACUACGUGUCUCGUCGAGAAGGCCGCAGGGGCUCGGUGUUGGUGCAGAGCGUGUUGUGCAACAGCAGUCAGCACAAAACGAUGCAAAAGUUAAAGAGAAAAAAUUGAAGAAAUCAUCACUUGUGAAGGUCACUGGAGGCAUAUAUAGGGGUUUCUAUGGCAGAGUGGAAAGCGUGGAUGAAGACAAUGCAAGUGUAAUCGUUCAGCUUGCUUUGAAUGGUAGAAAUGUUCGCGUCAGUCAAUUCGCGGUUGAGAUAGUUGCUGCGAAGGAGUUCGAUAAAAAGAGCAGCAGAACUAACGGUAACUUGUAUCCGGUGUGCCGUGCUUUGCAUAUGCAUUCAAUUUUGUUCAGCAUUUUUCCGUACAGAGAAUGA